CUCUCUCUCUCUUCACCCUUUCCGUUCCAAUUCUGAUUCUCGCGAGAACAGACGUCGAGCCUAUCGGGAGGAGGAGGCAGCGACCGAUCCCAGCGGUGGCACGAGACGGUGCACCCGCGCGGCGUGCGCCCUGCCACCGAUCGCCGACGGCCGACUUGCUGGGGGCUUCGCCUGGUGUUGCGCUGAUCUCUCGCUGCUCCGCCUCGGCGCUCCGGUGCAUUGUUCUGCCGCCCGGCUCAACCGGCGCUUCCUCGGCUCUUCGAUUUCACUAAUUUGUUUGGUUUCCUCUCUUAGUGUUUUGUUCAGUUUCUAGGAUGUGAGGACGGCCUCUGUGCUGAUGAUCAAAGUGAGAAUGCGUGGAAAUCUUCAGUUGUGGUGCUUUAUGUAAUGCACUUGAUCACAUUUUUCACCAAUAUCAUUGGUGUGGUGACCAUUGCUCUCAUCUCCAUAGUCUCCGUCUUGGGCCUGGUCUGCCUCUGUCGCUCGGUGUACUUCCAGCUGUGGAUCAAAAGAAUAGGUUAUCAGCGGCUUAGCUACUUCAACGGUCCGUGGCUGACUCGCAUAACAUUGAUCCUGGUUGCAUUCUGGUGGGGUAUUGGAGAGGUACUCCGGCUCACCUUUGUGAAUGGGGAGGGGAGAUUCAUUUCUGACCGGGCAUGGCAAGUGAAUGUGUGCAAAUUCUACAUCAUCUCAAAUUUGGGGUUUGCAGAACCAGGAUUGUUCCUCUUGCUCGCUUUCCUUCUUAGCGCAGCUUUGCAGAAACAAGAGCUUGGUACCUUAAACCGAAAAUGGAACCGGAAGACCAUACGUGCAGUGUUCAUUCUCUGCUCACCUUCUCUCGUCUGGGAGGCUUGUGUUGUCUUCAUCAUUUCUUCAGAUGAUGGUCAGGCGUCAAAGUUUGCAAAGUACUGGUAUUCUGCCUCCGCAGUCCACAAUGGCGAUGUCACAUGCACAUACCCAUUGUUAAGCAGCAUAUUUCUCGGGGCAUUCUACAUCAUCUUGACCAUUUAUGUCAUGUUUGUUGGAGGUCAGACGCUGUCUCUGGUGAUCAACAAGGGGCUCCGAAGGAGGAUAUAUAUGCUGAUUUUUUCCACUGUAAUCUUAGUUCCCCGAGCUACACUUCUUGGGUUCUCGGUUCUCCCUUGGCCUGGUGAAGUAGUCCAUGAGUCUCUCGUGUUUAUCUCCUUUCUUGUGCUGAUGCUUGCUGCCAUGGUUGGCAUUGUGAUCCUGGUGUAUUUCCCGGUUGCUGAUACCUUUGCCGUAGGUGACCAGGAGCAUAUAGAGAUGCAAGCAAGUCGUGCCAUUAUCCUAUGAUAUCCUUAUCUUUUGACUUAAUGUCCAACAUUUUGUUCAGGGAUGAACCGAAGGGGAUUCGCAUGUUGCCUCCCCUGGCCUGCAUGCAGCUGCGAUUUUAUCUCCGGAAUUUUGUGAAGAUAGAACAGAUUAAAGUAGGGAUAACAUUUCAUAAUUUAUUUUUGCCCCUCAUCUUCACUCGUGUGGCAUGAGAAUCCCUGUAAAAUAGUUACUUAGAUAGUGAAAAUUUACUUAUUGUCUUUUGUACAUUGAGGAAAAGCUUAUAUACUCUCAACCUCUCGGAUUGAGUUUAUAUCCUUGGAGUGAUGUCUCCACCAUUUUAGCAGUUAACAGAUGUUAUUUUC